AUGCCAGGGGAACACCAGGCCGCAGCGGAAGCUGAUGUGGAGGUGGAGGACUAUUUUCCUUAUGAAGGCGACGAUAGUCUAAAGUCUCCCGACUCCAACACCUUUCCGAUCCACAGACCUCCCAUUUAUCGCCAAUACACCCAAGAAGAUGCCCAAUCGCUAGUUGGAGGUGAAACCAUCUCGCUUGAAGAUCUAGACGGAGAUAGAAAGACCUCCGACAAGCCUCAUCAUGGACUGGGAAAGGUUUUUCUGUUUUCGCUUCCCUUCGGUGGCUUAUCAGGGAUCAUGGCUGGGUUCAAGUUACCUGCGCUUCCCUUUGGGAGCAAGGAGGAGGAAAUAGACGAAGACUUGCUCCAUAUCCGCCAUAGAAUCGAUCGCCAAUUGAGUGUUUCUACACAAGAUGAAGCACGCCAUUUCUCGACCACAAAAGGUCUUGAUAAUGUCCGCAUGCGGGCCAUGAAAACAACGUUGUUGGAGAACAUUUCCGAGCUAGUCCCAGAUUUUAUUUUGAAGAACAAACGAUCCUACGAGUCCGUUUAUUCGGAACUAGACGGUCCCAUCCUAGUCAUGGGCGGUUACCGCGGGUCCAUUCUUCGAGAAACUGGGACGGGAAAAAGAGCCUGGGUCCCAAUUAAAGCGGGACUACACUUACGUCAUGUCAAUCUCCUCUUAGGGCCAAACCGUGAGGAUGAGCUCAGAGCAACUGAUUACAUCUACCCCGAUGGUGUUCUCAAAAACAUCGGUCCUUUCGACAUUUGUAAGAAAUUUAUUAAAAAAUUACAGAACGGAAAGACUCUCGUUAAAGAAUUCGGGUACGAUUGGCGGCUAAGUCUAGAUAUCACCGCCGACCAACUCAUUGAGCAGCUUGAAGCUCUAUACAAGAAAACAGGCAAGAGAACUAUUGUAGUCGCGCACUCAAUGGGUGGUCUUGUUGCUCAUGGAGCCAUGCAAAAGCGCCCAGAAUUGUUCCGCGGACUCAUUUAUGCCGGUGUUCCCAGUGAGUGUUUGAAUAUCAUCGGACCUUUGCGAUUCGGAGAUUCGAUUAUGUUCUCCGAUCGGAUUUUAACCUUUGAGACCAAUUUCAUGAUGCGCUCAUCAUUCGCGUUCCUCCCUCUCAGCGGUAGAGUAUUCGCCAACAAAGAUACGGGAGAGCAUUACGAUUUAGACUUUUUCGACCCUGAUACAUGGGUAACCUUUAAUCUUAAUCCAUUGGUAUCUGAGACUCGGAAGCUACAAGAACUCGGCGAAACCGCAGAUAAUCCCUUGCAACCUUUGCGCUCUCAAGGAAGUGCCAGCUCUUUGACUAUGUCUCCCUCGUCGCUGACGAACUCACCCAUCAGCUCCAUCAGUUCAAAGCUCAAGCAGAUUCCCACAAAUCUUUCACUCAAAUCGAAACCUUCCAUCGUUACUAACACAAAAAUGACCAACAUUCACAAUCCUGGAAAAAUCUCCGCGAUCACGCAACAGAUGAACGAGAUCUGGAGCGACUACAAGUUCACUAUCUCUUUUUCGAAAGCGUAUGAGUACCUUGCAGACACUCUCAAGAGGGCAAAGGAGUAUGUAUUGAGUUUAGAGUACGAUCCCGCUUUGGCGCACAAAUACCCUCCACUUGCAGUGGUCUAUGGUGACAAGGUUCCCUCAGUCCGUGGCUCUUACGUCAGCAGCCCUCAGGACAUCAAAGAUGGCAACUACUAUGAAUUUUUCUAUGGUCGUGGUGACGGUGUUGUGCACCAAAGAUGGCUCAUGCCGGAGGACAAAGGGUUUAGUAGGCACGACCCUGAGCUGGGCAAAGGACACAUUGUCGGCAAGUUCUCCUCAGAUCGAGGCCAUGUGGAUCUAAUGACUGACUUGGAAGUAAUGGCCGAUGCCUUGAGUGCUAUUUUAGAAGCCGACAAAACAUGGCGCCACUAA